UUAAAAUAAAAUCGGCUAAGAUGUCUUACUAUUACUCCAGUCCUUAUUACAGCAGAUAUGGUGGCUAUGGUGGAUAUUAUGGUUACUACGAUAGACCAUAUUCAUACGACUACAGCCCACGAUACUCAUCUCAUUAUGCAACAAGAGGGUUAGGCUACUAUGGAAGUUACUACAGACCAUCCUAUUAUUCCUCUUCUUACUCUCCAUAUUAUUCAUCUUACGCAUCUGAUGUAUAUGCUCCUUACCAUGGAAGCUAUUACGGAAGCUAUUAUGGAGGAUACAAUAGUAGAUAUGGUGGAUACGGCGGAUACUAUGGGUCCAGAUACAGCUCUCCAUACUCCAGAUCAUAUUCUUACAUCCCUUCCGAAGCCUGUCACUGUGAGCCAGUAUACAGAAGAACCACAACUUAUUCCACGCCAAAAAGAUAUAGCAAAACCUAUACCACUUACAGCUACUAAAUUGGCGGGAAAAGAAGAGGGCUUGAUGGAGAUGGGAUCAGUAGCAUUGCAAGAGUAUUGCAAUAGAUGCCUUCUUCU